AUGGGUGUGAAGAGUAAGGCUGCUGCUGCUAUCUUAGUCCUGCUGCUGUUCCUCGGCUCCCUGUGGCUACGUGAGUAUCUCUCUCUCUCUCUCUAUCUGAGUCUGUGUGUUCCCAUGUAAUACUAUUAAUCUGUACAAUCCCUUCCUUGUUUAAAGGCAUAUUCUCUGAGGAAUGUGUCACAUGGUGUGAAGGCUGCAGAAUCCAGCAUUUUGGUCACGCAUUUGGACUUUUGUACUCGACAACAUGAUAGAAACAUUUCUGUGGGACAAACUUUUGCCAAAAUUCAGGAGAAAUUUUCGCACACCUUACUAUUUUGUAGUUAAAGUGGCCACAAUGAAAAGUUUUAAGCCACCCAAUGUUUGGAAAAUGUAGUAAGGUCAAUGAGUUCAUCUUGGGGGUGUAGGUUCAGUUUAGUGGUCACAAAGCGUAAAUUCAGCUUAAAGGUUUGAACUGAACAACCAGCAGUUCAUCUUCAUAAGUCUGUACUGACAGGAGCUGAAAUAAAUCUCGACUGCUGCUAUACAGGCUCUUGAGUUUAAUUUGAACUAAGGGGAGCUGGUUUCCCAGUCAGGCUUUCUUGCCAAAUAGUUCUUGUGAGUCAACACCGGUUGGUUUGCAAGCUAAGCUGAUGACCAGACACUUUUGACUGGCUGAUCUGGGUGUCUGGUUGUUGGCUGGAUGCUGCUUCCCAUCAUAGUUUUGGAAACCUUCAACUGCCUCAGAGGGCAUAUCAGGUGGUCACAAACAAAACAGUUGUACUUCAGUCAGCUGACUUCACUAAAGCAUACAGUUGAAUUACAUGUUGGGAAAUUGGUAUAGAAACAAACAACAGUUAAAGGCUGUGUUAAAAUUGAUGGUUUUACAGGCUCAAAGGGCUUUAGAUUUAUAAUUACCUCCAUGGCUGCAAACUUAAAUCCCUGUCCUGUAUAAUUAUGGCAUGCUUUUGGAUAUUAAGACUUGCGGUUAGAAUCACAUGGUUGGUUAGAGUCCUGAGAUUGCUUCACUAAAGGCUGAAUUUAGCAGAAGUAGAAUCAAUGAGGAAUGUGCAACAAAUUAAUUCAGCCAUCCAUAAUCAGUUUUGCAUCUUAAGAGGAUAAUGGCUGUGAACCAUUUAAAGAAAGACAGCAUCAUCCAAUAAAAAUGUCAUUGUGUUAAAAUCAGUAUAUUCAAUAUACAUCUGAAUGUUUGCUGUCUAAUCCACAAUUUUACUGUUUAGAAAGAGUUCUCCAAAGACAGACACACUUACAUUUGGUAGCUUAAAACUCAGAUUUCCUUAUGUAUAGAGACCCAUAUCAGAACUAAAAAGAAGAAACCAUGGCACUUAUAUUUCACACAAUUUUAAGGCGCAUAUUUGGGCAGUUCACUCAAAAGCUCACCAAAUACCACUUAAGGAUGGUAUCAGUGAGUCCUGCUUUGCAAAUGCGCACAAAGUGUUUGCUUCAUUGAUCCAUUGUUGUUAAUGAUUAAUGUAGAUGUGCAAAUCUAUAAUCUUUAUCUUAUUGUGUCAAAAGCCCCAUGCUGCGCUCAAUGUCCUUAUUUUUUGUUUGGGGGUAAAGUUGCAGAAUCACCAGACAAAUAUUGCAGCUGUUUUGUGGGGCAAAGAAAUAUCACCAUUUAUUUUUUCUCUUUCGAUGUGUGUCUCAGAUGGAGGAUUGGAUUAUCACUGGGAUUCCUGUUUAAAAGGUUACAAUCAACUCAAUGGGGUAAGAGUACAAGCCAAUGACUGAGCAGAAAGCUCCUUAUUACAUUUCCUUCUGAAGGCUGAUCUUGUGAAGCAGAUGGCCAAUUUGAAUGUAGUAAAUCACUUCCGCAUUCUCUCUUUCUUUGUCCACAAUCACCCCCACACUUGCGCACACACAUACACACUUCCCCUCCCCCCGCUAUCAGCUCAACCAGCUGUACAACAGCAGCGGGGCCGAAGGAGUUGAGGGCCCGCAGGUCCUUCAAGAAUGCCCUGGUCAGACCUUCCAGGUGUCACUGCUGCUCUCCAACAUGCUGGCUGCACCGGCCUACAGCUCUGACGUGCUGAUUCAACCAUAUUUGUCCAGCUGGGAUGAACUCGUUAGGUAAUAUCAGCUGAUAACACAGGCGAAAUCUGAAUUUACAGCUACUGGAAACAGUGAAGUAAUUUAUGGCAUAAUCCUGCCUCUGAGAUACUGCUUUAUAGCAUGAUCGGUUGGGUGUAACAAGCUUAAUGAUGCAUACAUUUUCAUCAUAGCAGGAGAUGUUGUGUCUGGUUUCUCUCUGGUGUUCAGCAGACUUUGAACCUGGUGCCUUGCUAUUCCUCCACCAAGUCAAACUUCUAUACUAAGAUCUUCACAGUUUUCAUGUGGCACAAGUUAAGAAUGUAUACCUUUACUCGCAGAGCCACAGCCCGGCUAGUAAUACAGGUUUGAACUAAUCCCUUUGUGCUGGUCAAUUUGCUCUGUGGUCCUCGAACACACCCUGGACUUGUGAUGACUAAAGGGAUAUUCCAGCGUAAAAUUAAGUUAGGGUCAAACACACCACACACUUGCUUCUAUAUUAACUUUAGUAACGACCGCAGAUAGCAAUACACAGAGCCACGUGCUCAACUCAAAAGCCACUCUACAGCCACAAAUAAUGCUCAGACCAGCACCUAACUUCAUCAACAGUACAUGUAAGGUCCCAGUCAUAGUACUAGCCACCAAAAAUCUUUUUAGCUUUGCCUGAUUCUUUUAGGAAAGAGACUAAACACAACUCACGUCUCUCUCCCAACAGCCGCUUGGUUGUACUGAAACUUCCGGAAUGCAGCGGGGUGACGCAGAUCAUUUCUUUAUCAUUUCCAUGAAGUAAUAAUCAGUUUUUCUGCCUUGGCGUCUCUGUCUGAUUGCAUUUCCAUGAAGUAAUAAUCGCAAAUGUUCUUCCUUGAGCUGCGUCACCCCGCUGUAGUCCGUAUUGGACUGGCCUGAAGUCUCCGUACAAAAAAGCAGCUGCUGGAAGAGAGAUGUGAGUUGUGUUUAGUCUCUUUGCUAAAGAAAUUAGGCAAAGUUAAAAAGACGUGUGGUGGCUAGUGCUAGGACCCUAUAUGUACAGUUGAUGAAGUUAGGUGCUGUUCUAAGAAUUAUUUGUGGCUAUAGGGUGGCUUUUUGGUUGAGCGUGUGGCUCUCUGUAUUGCGAUCUCGGGUCGUUACUAAAGUUGGUAUAACUGGAGAAGCAAGCGGUCGGCAACAUUCAUCUCUCUAGGGAUGUCUAACUCGGUGUUACGGUGUGUCAGACCAUAACUUAAUUUUACGCUGGAAUAUCCCUUUAAGCUUUUAAGGCCAUAGCACCCAGACUAUAUGGUACUUGUGAAACUUUUCUUUCUGUGAGGAGUUUUUUAAUGGUCUUGAACAGAAUGAAAUUGAUAAUGGUGACAAACAUGAUCAACAUCAGUCACUAGGCUGAAAUUGAUACAAACAGAAAGUUCCUUGCAGGAGCUUUAAGCCUUCAUGCUUUGUGGUGUUUGGAUAAUGUUCUUUGGUUAGCAUAUUUUAAAUGUUGUUUGUGAGCUUUGCUUUUUUUUUUUUUUUUUCUUCACUGUUCAUAGCACCAGGUUAUCAUUCAGUACUACAAGUUAUGUAUGCAUUAGCAUAGCUCAGACAGCCAUGGUAGCCGGUAUGCUUUUGCAUCCAAUAAUGUAGUAUUAUCAUAAAUCCCAUUAUGAUUUCAGUCUCUGAAGCACACAGAUACAUUUAUGCACUUACUUUUCCCGUUUUUUUAGGUUUAUGGAGGCUCUUGGCCCAAUGGUUGGACUGAUAUCGAAAGAAAUAGAAGCUAAGACUUCAAUAAUCCGUCAUUUGGCUGCGAUGACCGUAGAGAGCCCAGAAGUAGAUCUGGCUGCAGGUGUAAACUCAAUAAACAAUGUGGGUGCAGAGGUAGGGACUGAUCCAGAGGCCUCAGAGCACCCAGGUGCCUACCACUCUGUGCGCUCCAUGAUCGUGGCAGAGCUGAACCAAGGCCUGGUGGACUUCCACCAACAGACAGACUCUGGUUGUCGGACACUCCUGCGUCUUCAUCGCGCCCUGCUUUGGCUGAAGCUCUUCUUGGAGAAGCUGGCUGAGACACCAGUGACUGGGCGUCUCAAGAGUCCUUCAGAGCUGUGUCGUGAGUCCUACCAAAGCACUCUUUCACUCCACCACACCUGGCUUGUCCGCAGGGCUGCUGAGCUUGCCUUUAUUGCUUUGCCAGAGCGGGGUUACUUCUUCAGGCUGGUGUGUGUGCAGAACCAGGAGGAGCUAAGUGCGGUGCUUACUAGAGUGGUUCAGGCCACUGGAGAGGUUUACGACAGGACGCAGAAAGCCCUGGAGGAAAAUGGCAUGCUGGACUUGCCGUAG